AUCUGUGAUAAAUGCAGGAAUAAACCAAAAGGACCUUCUAUAUAAAUGCACACAAAAAGUUAAUGGCCUGACGUUUCGACCCUACCGGAGUCUUUCUCGAAACGACAACAAUGCAACAGGUAGCUUAGUGUAUGAGCAGUGAAGUGGAAAAACUUGAAUAGAGAAAGAGAGUCAGGAAGCUCUGUGGAACCAUUCUACCUAGUACCCUUAUUAAACACACACACAAGCGGAGGGUUUUGCGUAAGCAGAGCAUGCAUUAGCCCAGGCUAUAGUAGUUGUUAUGUUAAUACGCCCUUUAUAUCAUGACAGUAUAGAUUUCGGCUCAGUAGUACUACAAUAGCAAGAAGGAUACCUUGAGAACCUGGAAUAUCUUCAACAAGACAUGGAUGAUAAGUGAACCCAUGAAAACAAAAGGAACUAAGAUGUCCUGUAGUGACCAAAAUGAAGACUGACAUAGAUGGAGGAUGUCCCCUACUUGACGUCAAGCCGCAAGCUAUCAUUGUGUGGCGUAAUGUGGUUCUUAUGGCAACACUGCAUGGAGCAGCAAUAUAUGCAUUACUGUGUCUCACAUGGAAGUGCUACUUAUAUACUUUACUUUGGGCAAGUCUACUCUACUGGGUUGGUGCCCUCGGGAUAACAGCUGGAGCACAUCGCUUAUGGGCACACAGAUCUUACAAAGCAAAGCUCCCUCUACGGUUACUUCUAGCCAUGUUUGACUGCAUAGCAUUUCAAAUGGACAUUUAUUUCUGGGUGCGUGAACAUCGUGUACAUCACAGAUUCUCAGAGACCAAUGCUGAUCCACACAAUGCUAAGAGAGGGUUCUUCUUUUCCCAUGUGGGUUGGCUUCUGUGCCGUAAACAUCCGGAUGUCAUCGAGAAGGGGUCAAAGGUUGAUCUGAGUGACCUCAUAGCUGACCCUGUCAUCCGGUAUCAGAGAAAGUACUUUCUACCCUUGAUGCUAUUCUUCUGCUUCAUCAUGCCAACUACCAUCCCCACCCUAUGGGGAGAAUCACUCUGGAACGCCUACUUCAUCGCAGCAAUACUACGCUACUGUCUCCUGAUGAACAGUACGUGGUUAGUGAACAGCGCGGCCCACCUCUGGGGUAGCAAGCCGUACGAUCGCUCCAUCAACCCCGUCGAGAAUGCCCUCGUGUCUACCCUCACAGGGGGAGAGGGAUGGCACAACUACCACCAUGCAUUCCCGUGGGAUUACAGGGCUGGAGAGUUCGGAUGGAGAAUCAACCCCACCACUAUGUUCAUUGAUUUGAUGGCUGUUUUGGGCCAGGUGACAGAUAGAAAAACCACUUCAAGAGAAUCCGUAAAGUCCAGGAAGUUGAGAACCGGAUAAGAACUAGACUUGGAUUCAAGUCUGCGAUCGUGGCUUUCAGUCUACAACCGAUGGCAAAUUUAAUAUUGCCUGAAGUAGCCCCCCUUUUGUAGAUUAACCUCCGCCAUUAGCCUACGACGAAAUGAGGCGCGUGGUCUGUGGGGGCCUUUUUCGUGGACGAUGCAGUGGAAUAACCGUGAUCUCAGACUUGACACCAAGUCUAGGUAGAAAACAUUUGGAUUGACUUUUGACUUCUUUUAUAAAACACUGCGCUGAGCCCAUACACAGCUUAUGUCUGCUUUAUUAAAGAUAAAAACCAAAGGCAGAUCCCAAUGGUGGAUUGAACAUAAUAAAAUGGCUGCAUCUAAUAACCUCUUUCUGCAAUAUGACUUUUCUGCGCUUGGCAAAUUUUGUAGGCUUGAUGGAUUUGGGCAAUGAAAAUUACUUGGUGCUAUUAGUAUUAACAAUAUUGGUUAGAUACACAGUUAAAUUCAGUAUUAGAUGACUGUUGAGUAUGAUGUUGAUAAAGUACAGAGAAUGUUUUACAUAAAAUCAAUCAAACAAUUAAAGAUGCUUGUCAGAUUUUUGGCCCCAAACAUUAAAAAAUAGACUUUUUGAGUGAA